AUGAGACAGGUGACAUUUGAGAUUGGAGACUUGGUUCAGCUGAGAAAUCAUCCACGGUCUGACACAUCUGCUGGUUUUACUGCCAAAUUGGCCCCCUUGUACGAGGAUCCCUACAGGGUUGAUCAAGUGAUGUCGGACUUGAAUUACAAGUUAUCUAGGGUCUCAGACAAUUCCAGCGCUGGAGGUCAUCAUGUGUCCAACCUCCUACCCUUCUUCACUUGGGGUGGUGAUACACAAUCUCCACAAGAUCCUUCUCUGACAGCAGCAGAGACUGACUGCUGUGAGUUGGACGGCUGGAGAAAUUAUGAGGAGGUGAAAUACAUGUUUGACUUCCUCUUUGGCAAUGGGGAAGACAUUGGCCCUCCGGUUGGGGAAACAAUACUUGUUACUGUCGGCCAGUGUUUUUCCGAGGAUGACCAUCAUGAAAUGGAAGAGUUCCUGAAGCGGGAGUUCUCACUAACCAAGCCCUAUCAAGGUGUGGGCUCAUCGGGCUCCUCUCAUUGGGAAUUGAUGGGGGAUGCCAUGGUUACCACAGAACAUGUGCGCCUUACACCAGACAUGCAAAGCAGGCAGGGGGCAGUAUGGAGCCGCAUUCCUUGCCAACUUAAGGACUGGGAAAUGCAAGUGCACUUUAAGAUUAAUGGCCAAGGCAAGAAAAACCUGAAUGGAGAUGGGCUGGCCAUUUGGUACACUAAGGAACGCACGCAGAAAGGUCCUGUAUUUGGAAAUAUGGACAACUUUACUGGACUGGGUGUGUUUGUGGACACAUAUCCCAAUGAGGAGAAGCAGUUAGAGGCACAGAAGAAGAGAUACACUCCUCGCACACAGAGAAUCUUCCCAUUUGUAUUAGCCAUGGUGGGUAAUGGCAGUAUCAGCUACGACCAUGACCGGGAUGGCCGGCCCACUGAGCUGGGUGGCUGCAAUGCCAUGGUACGCAACCUGAAGCACGAUACCUUCCUCUUCAUCCGAUAUGUUCGUCGCAGGCUCACGGUAAUGAUAGAUAUUGAGGGACAGCAUGAGUGGCGAGACUGUCUGGACAUCCCUGGGGUAAAGCUGCCUCAAGGCUACUAUUUUGGGGCCUCCGCCAUCACUGGAGACCUCUCAGACAAUCAUGAUGUAAUUUCCCUGAAACUUUAUCAACUGACUGUGUUGAGGAGUAAAAAAGAAGAGGAGGAGGAGGAAGAGGAAAUCACUAUACCGAGUGUAGAUAACAUAGAACUAUUAAGAUUGGACCAGGCAGAUGAAGGGAUGAGUGGUAUAGCGAUCUUCUUCACCGUGCUCUUCUCCAUGCUGGGCUGUUUUCUCCUCGUUGUUGUGGGUCUGGUGGUCUACAGUCACUGGAGUGAGAACAGACGCAAGCGAUUCUACUGAGGAAGAAGAUGAUUAAAAAAAAGGAGGGCCCUCUCUCCAGCCAUACCACUAUUGCUGGAUGCUGCCGAUGUAAGCGCACUGAGACAAGACGGAGGUUAAAACUGAGACACUGGCAUCAGACGAUGUAAUCCAAUGCAUUGUCUUCCCAAGGAUA